UGAAGCUGUCUCAGAUUCAGCCCAGCUGGUAUCUCUUCGCCUCUGCUGGUCCCGGGUGACGUUGAAUAACAAAGAUGGCAGCAGGAAGCAGUAACUACUGGGAAGAUCUGCGCAAGCAGGCUCGCCAGCUGGAGAAUGAGCUGGACCUGAAGCUGGUCUCCUUCAGCAAGCUGUGCACCAGUUACAGCAGCUCCAGGGAGGGGGGCCGCGACAGGUAUAGCUCUGACACCACCCCCCUUCUCAACAACUCCAGUCAAGACCGCAUGUUCGAGACCAUGGCUGUGGAGAUUGAGCAGCUCCUUGCGAAGCUGACGGGAGUAAACGACAAAAUGGCUGAGUACACCAACACAGCGGGAGUGACGUCCCUGAACGCAGCCCUGAUGCACACGCUACAGAGACACCGAGACAUCCUGCAGGAUUACACACACGAAUUCCACAAGACCAAAGGCAACUUCCUCGCUAUCCGGGAGAGAGAGGACCUAAUGGGAUCAGUACGGAAAGAUAUCGAGUCAUAUAAAAGUGGCUCAGGAGUGAACAACAGGAGGACAGAGCUGUUUCUGAAGGAACACGAGCACCUGCGGAACUCAGAUCGACUGAUAGACGACACAAUAAGCAUCGCCAUGGCAACAAAGGAGAACAUGACUUCCCAGCGAGGGAUACUGAAGUCGAUACAGAGCAGAGUCAACACUCUGGCCAAUCGCUUCCCGGCAAUCAACAGCUUGAUCCAGAGAGUAAACUUGAGGAAGAGGCGGGACUCGUUAAUCUUGGGCGGAGUCAUCGGAAUCUGCACCAUUUUGCUGCUGCUGUACGCUUUCCACUGAUGGAAAGGAGUGCUGACCAACCGUAGGGCAGAGCUCCACAUCUGGGGGAGGGGCUAACAGCAGAGGGGGUGGAGACUGGAGACACUGUUCCCGGCCGAUUGGCCAUGAUCAUUGUAACAUUGAUAUUGAAAACUUGGCCUUUUGAGGACUUCCAUAUUUCAGAAAACCUAUUGGGGAGGUGGGGGGGGGGGGGGGUUCACAACUUCAGCAGAAUUGAUUGUUGUCUGUUGUUGAAAGUUUUAGAACGAGAGACUGUCCUGCUGCUUACUGUAUGCUGUCUGUUUUAGUGGAUUUACCUGUUAAUACUAUAAUUCUGGAGCGGCGUCUUCACUGAAGAAGAUUUGAACAUAGAUUUAAAAACAUACAAUAUGCUACACAUUCUCCAAAAAAUGAGCAGCGCGUUAUUAAUUAUUAGACAGCUUUGAGUUUCUCUUUAAAAGGGAAUUCUCAUUGCAUAGUCAGUGUGUUGACUAAACUUUUAAAACCAGUUUUUCCUUCUGUCCACAAUGUCCAGUCCAAAGUGAGUGGAGGUGUGACUGAUCCUGGCUCUUAUUUUCCAAAGGGGUCUUUAUCAACCAGGAUCCCAGGUUUGGACCAGGCACUGUAUGCUUAAAGCUAAAGCAGUGACACAGCAGCAUUCAAUCCCAUGCUUCUUAGUGCCACUGUGGCUUAUGGCUGUGCUGUAAUUAAGUUACCUAAUUUAGGAGCACACUCCAGAAUUGUGAAGGAAUCCAGUAGCAUUGACAUCUCCUCCCUAUUCACAAUGGCCAGAAUAAUGUGUUUUUUUUUUUUGUUUUCCUAUAAUAGCUUUCUUUAAAAACUAAUUUUAAUAAAUGUAAUUUCAUGUAUUUAUGACAACAACAAAAAAAAAAACACCUUACUGUUUUCUCUUUUUGUUUAAUCAAGUGGUGGGGAAGGGGGGGUGGGGGUCGGGGUGGGGGGUAACCAAAUGUAACAAACUUCGUUUCUGUACCAGGAAUUCACAGCCCUCCAGAUUUGUCUUGUCGUUUUGCUAAGAUAUCUCAUGGGAUCUGAGUAUUUUAACCAGUCAUCUGGUCCCAUUGCACGAGAUGGAUUUUAUAAGUCAUGUCUUGCCAUGAACACCAUCUUAAGUUGUUUUUUCUUACUUGGCAUGCAGUGCCACGUGGUCACAGAUUUAUUGUAACUACACUUUUUAAAAGUGAUUUCAGUGUUUCCGUUAAAGGGGCAGUACAGCGUUCUUCUGUAGAUUGCAGGGGACUUCCUUUGAUUUUCACUGAAGUGAAUUGGAGACAGUCCUGCAGGUAUGUGAAAGGCAAUGAGCAGUAAGGAAUGGAAUCUUCCAGCUUCUUUUGACAUGGUUCUCGUAUCAUGUAUGGAAUGUGCCCGUAGAUUAAUGGAGAUAAUGCUGACUGUAACCUUCCAAUUACGAGCCAUCAGAUUCGAGAAGAAUACUCUGAAAUCUGUCUAUUUAUUUGGCUGCUUUCAACAUUUUCUCUUUUUUUUUGUACAGAAACUAUAGUUGAUGAACUGCAGGGACAUUUUCAUUUUUGCAAUAUGCAUUUAAAUACUGUAAUACUGCUGGUUUCUGAUUUCAUUUCUUGCCAUGCAAAUUUUUGCAUACUUUUUAUUUGGGGGGGGGGGGGGGGUUACUAAUUCCAAGCAUUUGUAGCUCUUAAAAUCUUGGUUAACCUGGGUCCAAAUUUCAUUGGUGUCCUGAGUAUACCUUACAGUAGAUAUCUCCAGUCAAGCAACGCAGCCCUUCUAAAAGCUUAUCGCUGUUCAAACAUAGCAAGUGUACCAAAGCAUAAUGACAGCACAGUAAAGCAUCGAUAAGCAUUGUGAAGCAUAUAUAAAAAAAAAGAAAUAGUAAACUAUGGUAAAUGCACAGUCUAACCAAGGGCAAAGCCAUGUGUAAAUUAAGCGUAGUAAACUUUUAUAAGAGACUGAAGACUGUUAUAAAUGUGCGCCUGUUUUAACUGUGCUUUCGUUUUAAAAGCCGAGCGUCCGGAUCAAGACAGCUGGCAGACAGAGUGCUGAUCACGACUGUCCUGACAGCUCUGUACUGAACCAGUGUCACUGGUAUUGGUUUAUCACAGCCUGGGCUAUUCCGUAAGAAGAGAAGCUUUCUGUUAUGGUAUUAGUUCUGUUUUCAGAAGAAAUUCCCAGCUACAGGUCUGCGUUUAUACACAAAGUUUGGCUCUGGUCCAGUCAAGGUGGAUUUGGUCAUUUCACGCAAUUUGAAAAAGCACUUGAACCAGCUUUAAGGUUUUUGUAUGUGUAAAUACAAUUAUUGCUGUGAUCUUAUUCUAUUUGGUUUUCCAGCGGUGGAGGAAACCUUGCAGUCCUCACCAGAAUCAGAACAGUCGAUUCUCACAGACAAUUAGGACUGGGUUUGGGACACCUUUUGUUAAACUUGUACCAGGAAUGAUUCCGUCAUUUUCAAGAUUUUGUGAAAUGUUUAGUGCUCUCUUAUUGGUUUUUCUUUUUUGUAAAUGGCUUUUAUCAUAGGUUUUGAUUUAUUUAAAAAUAAAUUAAAUGAAACUAA